GCACCACUUGUUAAACUUUCCAUGUGUUGUGAUUUGUGCUAUCUAAGGAUAUCCAGUAUCGUAAAAUAAAUGCGAUAAAUGUUUCAGACGACCCGGUAGGCGUACAAUAAAAUGAGGUAAACUUACAAAGCCUGGAGCCAGAUUGGAAGUAUAAUUCAGGUAUACAUACGGCAUUAUUGAAAAUGUGCGACGACCGUAAAGUCAUUGGUUUUUGGAUAUCCGAAAAGAAACGUCAGAAAUUAAACUGGUCUGAGUUUGAGAGAGUAUGUGCCAAGAAUGGAUUCACAUUGAGAAUGGUUGAUCUUAACCCAAAUAUCAAGAAUCAGGGACGCGUGGAUGUUUUCGUGCAUAAAUUAACAAACACUCUUGCAAUAGCUGAACAUGGCGACCAAAAUGCAAAGACGAUCAUCUCAAGGAUACAAGAAUUCAUUAAGAAACGUUCAGAAAUGAUCGUAAUAGAUCCUCUGGAAAAUGUGAACAAUUUACAGAACAGGCAUAAGUGCUAUAAAAUAAUGAGAAACGCUCUACAACACGAUGAUGUAUUUGCACCAAAUUUCGUUGAGUUCAAAUCCACAAAUGUUGAAGAAAACCUGAGCCUUUUGAAAAGGAAAAACGUCAAAUUUCCAUUCUUGUGCAAACCUUUACUUGCACAAGGUUCAACGGAUGCACAUAAAAUGAUGGUGAUAUUCAACAAAGAUGGCCUGGAAGAUUGCCAGGUUCCUUGCGUCGCGCAAGAUUUCAUUAACCAUAAUGCCAUUUUGUACAAACUAUAUGUAGUCGGAGAUAAAUUUCACGUAGUUGAACGUCCUAGUCUGAAAAACUUUUAUACAAAAGACUGUUUGACAUCGAAUACAAUUUUCUUUAACUCUUCUGACAUUUCUAAAUGUGAUUCAAAUUCUAAAUUGUCAAUUAUAUCGGAAGAAGACAAAAAUCUUACAGUCAAACCAAAUUUUGAAACCUUUCAAUGGAUUGUCAGAACUAUUAACAAGGCUUUUGGUCUUACUUUGAUAGGAAUUGAUGUGGUUAUCGAAAACCAUACUAAAAAGUAUGCAAUAAUAGAUGUUAAUAUUUUCCCAAGCUAUGAUGGGUACCCACAUUUUUUUGAGCAGCUCAUCGAAUGCAUAAAGAAACUAAUUGAUCAAAAGGUAGCGAGACUAAAUAGUAACUCCAACUCAAACAAGUGCCUCAGCGAUGACUUAGACUCAGGUUUUGAAAGCGAUGAAAAAAGACGGAGUCUCAAGGAAUUACGACUUUCUAAUGAUACUAAGAAUAAUUCUUCGGCCAUACCGUAGUUCGUUCGCUGCACGAAGUUUUUUUUAUAGCCCAUGUACAUUUGUAUGUCAUGUACAGAACCAGGAAAAGGACUUGACACGCUACAAUUUUAAGACAAAAUGAAAACUCCGAUGAUCUAUACUUACAUACAUCAAUGAUCCGCAAAUUACAGAUAAUAUAUAAAUAUCAGUAAUACGUUUUAUAUAAACAUUGUGCUCGUGUAAAAAUUGUACAAGUUUUUAAACUUAGCACAGGUUGCCUGAUUUAUAAAAUAACGUUCCGUUCACUUAACAUUACAGAGUUCUCAGGAAAUAUUUCGCGGCAAUGACUCGUGAAACUGUAAAAUUUUUAUGAGAUUAAUAUCGUAAGCUUUGUUUUACAUACGUUGCUGAUAUGUAGUUUGAUCAAACAUAGCUUGACCAUCUACAGUUUUUUUACAUUGCAUUUUAUUUUGCACUAAUAAACUUGUGAAGUUCCUCAAAAAUGGUGCUUUUUGCAUCAGCUACAUAUUAUUGUAGUCAACAAUACAGAGUUUUUUCAACUGGUGCCAAAACUGAAUCUAUUUUAAAGUUAUUUCGCUUUGUUAAAAAGAGGGGACUUUCAUAUUAUGUCGGCGCAGUAUAGAAUUAUCACAAGAUGUAAGAAAUAUGGCCAACCAUAAAUGGAUAAUUUGAAACUUGUUUGAACCACCAUUUACAUGAACUCAAACAAUUUAUAUACAUUGAUUGUUCGAAUAACCAAUUAAUUUAUGUUGGAAAUUAAGCGAAAGGUACGAGUGCGAAUGUUUUUUUAUAUGUGUCAAAUACCAUAUUGGUAUGUUGUAUAUGAAAUUCAUGAAUCUUUGAGUCGUGCUCAGCAUUUCUCUGUUUCAGAUACGAGAAAUAGGGAACACUAUUAUUGUAUUAUAGUAUUUCGUCAUGUACUGAUAAAUUUUGAUAAUACGUACGAAUAAAUGUAAUUUAAAUGAUUUUUAAGAAUGAAAACUUAUGGAUUUGAAUAUUGUCUAUGACUCUCUUCACUAAAACUGUACACGAAAAAUACGAUCCCUUGCUCAUAAUAUGUAUAGAUUCGGGUGGCAGACAGGAAAUCACAUUGAAACGUACAGGGGCAUAGAAAAUUUGAAUGCAAAUUUUUAGGUUUCAGUAACGUUUUCUGAAACGUAAAAACAAUUUGAUAUGGGAAUUUUCUAUGGUGAAUUACACACUUGAACAUACCAAAAAUUGUUACUUUCGAAAUACAUUUUAUUGCAAGAUUCACAAUCAGUUGAAAAAUUUACAAUGAGAUAAAAAAUCGUAAACGAUUUGAUUGGGUUAACUCGGCGUCGUUUCUGAUAAUACUGUGGUACCAUUUGAAACCGUAUCUUGGGUAGCUUCUUUUUGUUUUUUCCAUGCUUUUGCAGAAGCCAAUAGUUUGAGAUUAGGCCUCUGAGACUCGUCUUCUGGAAAAA